ACUUUUCAAAAGUAUGUGGCAAUUUGACUUCUAGGUCAAACUGGUCAAUUUACAGUCAGUGUGUUGCGAGUCCUUUGUCAUAUCCUACCAGUUCUCAGUUUUCAUCCUAUUAACAUGUAUUCUGAUCGUCGUGUAUCCCUAGACAUAGCACCGCUUGCUAGCUGGGAUUCUUGUUCCGACGAUGAGAAAACGGUUGUUGUGUUAGUUGGUCUUCCUGCUCGUGGGAAGUCAUAUAUAUCUACCAAGCUUUCAAGGUACCUAAAUUGGGUUGGAAUUAAUACACGAGUUUUCAAUGUUGGAGCUUAUCGUCGACUUCAAAUGAAAGAUUACAAUGACCAUAGUUACUUUUCCGACGAAAAUAAUGAAGGCGUUGCACUCAGACAAAAAAUUGCAUCGGAAGCAUUGGAUGACUUAAUCUCCUGGUUAACAUCAGAUGUUGGCAGGAUUGCCGUCUUUGAUGCGACAAAUACAACACGAGAGCGUCGGUUAUGGAUAAUGGAACGGUGUAAAACGCAUAAUUUUCAAGUUAUAUUUGUCGAGUCGAUUUGUAAAGAUAAAAAUUUAAUUCAGGAGAAUGUUUUGGAAGUAAAAGUCAACAGUCCUGAUUACAAAAGUAUCGAUAAAGAAGAAGCGUUAAAAGAUUUUCUUAAACGUAUUGAACAUUAUGAAAAACGGUACGAAUCAAUUGAUGAUGAUUUGGAUAAGGAUUGGUCGUAUAUUAAAAUAUUUGAUCAAGGCAAACGAUAUCUAGCCAAUCGCAUUGAAGGUAAUAUCAACAGUCGAAUUGUCUAUUAUUUAAUGAAUAUUCGUGUAAACAAACGUACCAUUUAUCUGACACGACACGGUGAAACAGAUCUCAAUAUUCAUGGUCGAAUCGGUGGAGAUGGGAAGCUUUCUGAAAGGGGUGAACUAUAUGCUAAGAAACUUGCAGCAUUUAUGGAACAAGAAAAAUUAGAAAAUCUUAAAGUUUGGACAAGUCAUUUUAAGCGUACUAUUCAAACUGCUGAACAUAUUCAAUGUUCACAGAUAUGUUAUUGGAAAGCAUUGGAUGAAUUAGAUGCAGGAGUUUGUGAUGGUAUGACCUAUGAAGAGAUUCAUCAGAAAUAUCCUGACGAUUUUGCACGACGUGAUAACAAUAAAUAUUAUUAUCGUUAUCCAAUGGGUGAGUCAUAUCAAGAUUUGGUGACACGUUUAGAGCCAGUAAUUAUGGAAUUAGAACGACAAACAUCAGUUUUGGUUAUUUGCCAUCAGGCUGUAGCACGUUGUUUGCUUGCCUAUUUUGAAGAUAAAAACAAGGAUGAACUACCUUAUAUUCAUGUUCCAUUACAUACUGUAUUCAAAUUAACACCGACUGCUUAUCGUUGUAUAGUUGAACGUGUAAAAUUGAAUGUACCAGCUGUAGAAACACAUAGAAUGAAACCAGAGAACACUAAAACACCACAUUCUUCAUUUGAAGCAAUGAAAACUGUUCCAGCUGAAUAUUAAUUUUUAUGAUCAAUCAAAAGAUCUCUCUCUCUAGAAGAUGAUUGAUUUGUCUAUUUUUGUAAAUAUAAACAAACAAAUAAACAAACAAAUUACUUAUAAAUGUCCAAUAUUGAAUAAUGUGUAGUAAGUGUUUAUCACAUUUUGUCUUUUAUUUAUUUAUUUAUUGCCGUUUUUUUCCUUGUUUAUUGUUCUAUUCUGUUUCCAUGUUCAAUGCCUUAUUGUUUACCUACCCAAUGUACUGUUGUCGUUGUUGUUGUUGUUGUUUGUCUUUUUUAAUCUUAUGGAAUGAAUCCAAUUUCAUGAAAACAACUUAAUGUAGUAUAUAUUUUGUAUGAGACUCUCAUUUAUGGGAUAACCUUUAAGUCACGCUAAAAUGACUAUAAAUGUAGUUCAUCUCACUUAUUUUACGACUAAAUUGAAGAUUAUAAAUCAUGGUUAAAGAAUGACACAUAUAAUUUAAUAGUUGAUAGUUAAAGGUUAUGAAUUAGAUUUUGGGGUUUUAUCACAAAAUGUGAUAUUGUAUUGAAUAGAACACGAGUGAGGACAAUCGAAUGAAUUUAGUAUACAAAUGACAGAGUUACUUGGUUAAAAAUAGAAAAAACUAAAUACUACAUCGUUAAUUUGCAAAAUAUCAUUCCAUCAUAUCAAACUGGACUGUUGCUAUUGCAAUCAUCAUCAAUCCAUUGUCUCACAUUUCAUGAUUUAUGCGUUUUCAUACAAAUUGCAUUGCGUUCCCUCUCUUCUUUUGUUGAUCUUUCCCCAUUUUCUGCUGCCCAGACAUUACGUUCUUGAACUUGCGUCAUAUACUACUUAUAUCAAUAUAAGUAGCACACACCACAAUAUCAGUUAUGAUGUUAACAUUCUAUUUAGCUAAAUGGUUGUGUGAAUGUCACGGCAAAAAUCCAAGAUCUGUUAUCUUAUACCAUGAUUGAUUUGUCCAUCAUAUAUAAUCUUGCCGGUAAAUUUUUUGUGUUAUUGUUUAGUUUUAUUUAGUUAAUUCAUUUAAUGAUAUAAAGGUUUCAUUGUAAUUAAACUAUUGAAUUUCAUAAAACAUUUUGCAUUACUAUUAAAUAUCUGGUUUAAUUAUUAAAAGAUCAGUUAUAAACAAUAAUGAUUAUAUAAUAAAUGAUACAUGUAUGUAUAGGUGUUAUGUGUGUGUGUGCGUGUGCGUGUGCGUGUGCGUGUUCGUGUAUGUAGUUGUUAUGUUCAGUUGGCAUUUUAUGUUAUUCUACGUCAGACAAUGUCUUCAUUUAUCCUCGUUUUUUCUUGUUUUGUUUUGUUUUGUUUUUGUUUAAUCCUUAUUUCAUUUGCUUUAAUCACUCAACAGUUUAGUGUUCUGUUUGUACAGUAACAUACUUUCCGAUUACUUCUUUUUUUCGGGGGGGGGGUAUUAGUGUUUUCCUUUCUCCAGUUUAGUCAUAGUUUGAAACUCCGAAAAAAAAAUAAUGUAUUACUAUUAUAAUUAUUGCCUUUAUUCAAUGUUAUAUUUUUGGUACAGUAUUAGAAUUCUCAACACAACGUAUUUC